UAUAUAUACAAACACACACACACACACAUAAACACAAGCCCCUUCUUAGCUGGGAUCUUGUUCAACUUCGGCAAAAAAUGAGAUGAGAGGACUAUUGUAGGAUCGUAUAUUGACCGUGUAAGACCCUCGUAUUCUAGAGCAAAAAAGAGGUCCUAUAUGGUGAGUACAUGGUCCUUAGAAUGUAUCCCACUUUUGCUAUGGUACAACGGGAUUCCCAAUAAGAAGCUGCUCCUAUAUAUGUAUACAUGAUUUUAACAAUAUACACGGAUUGAUUUUAUAGAACUUCCGAACGAGAUAGGCAGUUUAGGUCAGUUGGAGGAGUUGUUUGUGCAGGACAAUGCCCUAAAGGCUCUGCUUUUGUGCCUGUCCUUAACAUAUCUUCUUUGACUACUUUGGCUUUAUCCGGAAACAACAUGAGUGGUAUUCUUCCGGACAAUAUGUGUGAGCAUCUUUCGAGUAUUCAACGAUUUUCUUUGAAUCAAAACCAGUUUGACGGUCUGAUUCCCUCCAAACUGUGGCAAUGCAAAGAGCUUCGUGUAAUUGCAUUAGAGUCUAACAAUUUCCGUGGGAGCAUACCCAAAAGUCUUGGCAAUUUGACCUACUUAACCGAGAUUUUUCUUCGUUUCAAUAAUUUAACAGGUACAAUACCGGAUGAGAUUGGUGAUCUUCCGCAGUUAGAGGUUUUGAGAUUGGGUGCUAAUAAUCUCAAUGGUGUCAUCCCAUCCAAGCUCUUCAAUAACUCCAUGAUUAGAGUAAUAUCGCUUACUUUAAAUCAGCUCUCAGGUGGCCUCCCAGCAAACAUAGGUCUUAAUGUUCCAAACCUAGAAUUCUUUUCUGUAUCCUCCAAUAACCUCGUGGCCGGGACACUCCCUAACUUCUCCAAUGCUUCCAAGCUCAGGGUCCUAGCCAUGGACACAAACUCAUUUACCGGGUUUCUUCCUAGCACGCUCUGUUCCUUGAAAAACCUCGAGCUUCUUUUCUUGUUCUGGAAUCAUUUGACGAUUGAUGCUUCUACUCUCUCUUGCUUGUUUAAUCUUAGAAAUUUGACAAAAUUAGACUUGGGAGGUAAUCCAUUAAACACCACGAUUCCAGCUUUUCGUGGGAAUCUCUCUACGCCACUCACAUAUUUUGAUUUAAGCAUUUCCAACAUCAGGGGUAACAUUCCCGUUGAUAUUGCCAACUUGAGCAGCUUGAUAGAACUACAUCUGGAAAUCAAUCAGUUGAGUGGAGCAAUUCCAACAUCAAUACAGAGGCUAAAAAAUCUCCAAGGUUUGUUUCUGUAUGAUAACAAACUGCAAGGACAUAUCCCGUAUGAACUCUGUCAACUAACCAACCUAGCCGAGUUAGGUUUGGGUCAUAAUCGGCUCUCUGGUUCUAUUCCUUCCUGCUUGGGUGGUUUGGCAGUAGCUCUAAGAAAUCUAUCGUUAGAGUCCAAUUUGUUAACUUCAAAAAUACCAUCUUCCUUGUGGGAACUCAAGUAUGUAUUGCACCUAAACUUGUCAUCCAAUUCUCUAGUUGGACCACUCUCAGAAGACAUCGGAAAGUUGAAAGAAGUGGUGGAUAUAGAUUUAUCAAAUAACCACUUCUCCGGAAACAUUCCCGGUAGCAUUGGUGGUCUUCAAAAUAUGAUUAAUUUGUCCUUGGCAAACAAUUAUUUACAAGGCCCUAUUCCCAGUUCAUUUAAAACCUUGCUAAGCCUAGAAUUCUUGGAUUUGUCCCAAAAUAAUCUAUCUGGAGAGAUCCCAAAGUCAUUGGAAGCACUCUUGUAUCUCAAGCAUCUGAAUUUGUCUUUCAACAAACUCCAAGGAGAAAUUCCAACCGGCGGGCCUUUCGGAAACUUCUCUGCCGAUUCAUUUGUAUCCAACGGUGCGCUCUGCGGUGCUUCCCGACUCCAUGUUCCCCUGUGCAAAAAUAGAACAAAAGUUAAGCCAAAUUGGAGGAAAGCUAAAUAUAUCAUCUCAGGGGUCAUACCAGUAAUACUCCUAGCGGCCGCUGCAUUGAUUCUGAUACUAUGCAACAAAAGGAAUGUCGAAGUUGUAAGAGAAACUGCCUCGCUACAUCAAGUUCUUUGGAGAAGAGUUUCGCGCCUAGAACUUGUAAAUGCGACAAAUGGAUUUCACGAGAGUAACUUACUAGGCACGGGGGGUUUUGGCUCAGUAUACAGAGGAACACUUUCAUACGGGAUAGACAUUGCCGUCAAGGUUUUCAAUUUACAGGUAGAAGGGGCAUUCAAAAGUUUUGAUAGGGAAUGUGAAAUGCUAAGCAAUAUCCGUCACCGGAAUCUUAUUAAAAUCAUAAGUUGCUGCGAUGAACUUGAUUUCAAAGCCCUGAUACUUCAAUUGAUGCCUAAUGGAAGCCUCGAAAACUGGUUGUAUUCUCCAAACAGCUCCAUGAAUAUCCUGCAGAGGCUGGACGUAAUGAAAGAUGUUGCAUUGGCACUGGAAUAUCUUCAUCAUGGUUACUCGGUACCUAUUGUUCAUUGUGAUGUGAAACCAAGCAAUAUACUACUAGAUGAUGAUAUGGUUGCACAUGUUGCUGAUUUUGGCAUUGCAAGACUCAUCGGCGGUGGACAUUCGAUGACAGAAACCAUGACCCUAGCCACAGUUGGAUAUAUGGCUCCAGAGUUUGGGAUGGAAGGAAGCGUUUCGACAAGAGGGGAUGUGUAUAGUUUUGGUAUUGUACUCAUGGAGACAUUCACAAAAAGGAAGCCAACGGAUGAGAUGUUUGUUGGGGAAAUGAAUUUAAAGCAAUGGAUUGCAGAUUCAUUAUUUCCAGAUGCUGCAAUAGGUGAAGUUGUGGAUGCCGAUAUACUUGGGGCGGAGGAAGAUGGUGAUUUUGUGAGCAAGAGGGAUUGCUUAUCAUCCGUUAUGAGAUUAGCUUUAGCUUGUACUGCAGCAUUGCCGGGAGAGAGGAUUAACAUGAAAGAUGCUGCAAUCACACUCACCAAAAUCAAGACUAAGUUUUUGAAGGACUGUGAAGAAGAUGCUGCAAUCACACUCACCAAAAUCAAGACUAAGUAUUUGAAGGACUGUGAAGGAGUGAACUCUUAGUUCUUUUUGUUCUCUAUAUUUUCGGAUCCAUUUUCUUAUUGUUGUUUUCGAUCUGCAAAGACUACAUUAUUUUCGUAUAGUGACGGAUAUGACAGUAUGUGUAUAUUCCUUAAAUUGAAAUGUUGUACCUGUAUUUGACUAGGCAAUGUGACCAGUAGUACCAAGAUUGCAAUUCCAA